AUGAACGAGUACUUCCUGGGCCAAGGCAAGGAGGGCGCGGAGAAGCUCAAGUCCAAGUUGGACUCUGACAUGGACGACUAUUUCAAGAAGGCCAAGGCGCGCGGCCUCAAGGAGGCCGCGGCCGCGGAGGAAGCCGCCGCGGGCUCGGCCGGGGACGGCGAGGCGGCCGCAGCGGAAGGCGGAGACGCUUAA